AUGCGCUGCAAGUAUUGCAACGCAAACUUUAGGGGUACCCCGACGCCCUGCCUCUGCAGAAGGGAUGACGGUCGCCAAACGCCACUCCAAAUCGAGAUGGCGCUCCUGUCUGAGGCCACAGGAACGGAAUGCCAAAUGGGUGACACGGAUAUGCAAAUGUCGGCAACUGGACGGGCCUCGCUACCCCGUGGACGCCACAACCCGCCGGCCCCCAAGGCCUCAGGCAAGGAAGCACUUGUGCCACAGCCCAACCCCUUGGGCAAAAUGGGGACAAAGUUCCUCUACGCCCGUGGUUCAUAUGGCAAGAGGCUGCUUUCUCCAAGCUGUGGGAAUCUCCACGCCGAGGCAGAACGUUGA